AUGCCAACAGAGAUCUCAGCACCUCUACACUUCCGCACUCUUUUGAACGGCCACACCUAUCUCAUCGCCGACUUCUACGCAACAUGGUGUCCACCUUGCAAGCAAAUCGCGCCCAUCUACAACCAACUCUCCACAGCACACACCUCACCAGGGAAAUUUGCAUUCGUAAAAGUCAAUGUGGAUGAGCAGAGAGAGAUCGCAGGGCAAUAUGGUGUCACAGCUAUGCCGACGUUCAUGGUCUUCAAGGACGGGAAGAAAACCGAGGAGAUCAGGGGCGCGGAUGUGAGGGCGCUGAAGGCUGCCGUGGAGAAGGUUGCUGGUGAGCUCGGGAAGGUUAAGGAGGAGAAGGAGGAGGCGAAGAAGGUUGAAGACGAGAAGACGGUUAGUGGUAGCUAUGGGAUGACUGGAGGGAACAACUGGAAGAUGUCGUUGCAUUAG